AUGUACACCGACCAUUUCGAUAUAUUAUCGUUCCACGAGCGCCGUGAACAACUGCAAGCAUUCGAACAUCGAAAACAUCAAAUGGAGGUUGAACUGUUGAAGGCAGAUUUGGAUGCUGCACGCGAUCGGAUUCUUGCGUUGGAAACGGCAUACGAAGAGCUGCAGAUAGCUCACGAGCAGUCUUUGCGUGCUCACAUCAAUGGUCACAAUGUUCUUAACCCUUCCCCAAAAUCUGUAAACGAAUACGAGACCGACUCGGAGAGCGGUAGCUGGGAAGUACCGCCCAGUCCGUGGAUAGGAGAUUCUCCCUUAUCUUCGGCGUCUAUUCCAUCGUUCAUCCAAUCAACCAGCCCUGUAAUUCAUGAGCUGUCAUGUAUAUCUUCCUCGCCAACACCAUCGUCCGCAUUGUCUGAAGACUCCAGUUAUGAUAUUGAAGAAGAGGUUCCUGCCUUGGCCAAUGCCUCACAAGAAGAUGCGCUACGAUACGCCGAGCUGCUGGAGCAAUGUGAUUACGACGUGAGAUCUGCAAACGCUGUGUGGAAGGAAUGGGAAGCUUCUGUGAGGGAGAGUCUAGCAGAUGAGGAGACUGCAGGUGACUUCCUAGGCGAUACAGACAGCGAACUGGAGUCAGACGUUCAGGACUGGGAAUGGGAAGAAGAAAUCUACGAAGCGUCACCAUUGAGCCCAGAGAGUGUUCGCGAUGUUAGUUUGGCGACACAUAGUCCAACAUUCGAUGUGGAGCGCGACUCUAUCACACAGAACCGCAUUGGUUUAAAUAUUCCUCCGUUGUCUUCUCUCCCGCGUCCAAAUCACAUUGAUGGACCUCCCAUUCAGCCUGCUUCUGUCGAAUCCACGAUAUAUGUUGACGCGUCAGGUACCGGGCUUGGAUUUUGCAUCUGCAUACCCUCACAAACCUCGACCACCACCAAUUUCCUGUCCCGAUUCAACUCGAAAACCAACAUGAUGUGCUACUGGCUUGGCUGGAAGUGGGUACGCGGAAACCCAGCAAUCGCUGUCGGUAUCAGUGGGCAAAUUGUGAUGUCCUGGGCAGAACUCAUUGGCCUUGAGCUCGGGGUAUACACUGCCUGUACCAUGAGGUCCCAACGAGGAGGCGAGCCUUCACCACUGAUCAUCCACUCGGAUAACAUGGAUGUCGUCAAGGCAAUCUCAUGUGCAGUGCGCUCAAAGAACGCACCCGCGCGUCGUUGGAAACACGCGGAGGAUGCUAUUGUACGACGCAUCAUCUCUAUUUGCGAGGCGCACGGUGUGCACCUUGUGGUGCGCUGGGUACCAUCAAAGGCCAACCUCGCAGACGGGCCUUCGCGCGGUCACGGUGUGCACGGUGCGGCUGGUUGGGAACGCACUCGAGAGACCCAGGCAUCAGUACGUGGUCUUGGAGGAGAUCCCACACUCAUGAUAGGCGACAGGGGGUGGAUGGAGUGGGUUGCGGAUUGUCUUCCUGUUCCUGCACAUUUGGAGGCGUUUGUACAGGAUCCGACCGGAGGUGUUGUCGGUUUGCGACAGCUGAAGAUAAAAGGCCCCAGAGUCAACAGUGGGGAUACACGGACAUGA